CACGGCCAGCUCAGUAGCUAACCAGCCAACGGAUACAUUUUUCCGACAUUCAAUUGGAAUAAUUUGUUAUUUCGCAGACGGCAUUCGAGGAAGACGCAUGCAAGCGAGCAUAUAAACCGGACGAACGCAGACGAGCAGAACCGUUUUAGUGAGCGCGUGUGAAUACCAGAGUUAAAUGUGUGUACAUAUACACCAAAUAUAAAGUGAAGUGUACAUACAUACAUAUGUACAAUUGUAUAAAAAAAGGAAAAAAACAGAAAAAGUGUUGUGUAAACAAGUAUUAAAAACAAGCACCGGCCAAAAAUAGCGCAGCGCUAUUAAAUAAUCGGCAAGAAAACGAAAAAAACGCGCCGAAGUCGGCGAAAAAUAAACAAAACGACGCGUGAAUAGGCAUAAACAGCAAGUGAAAAAUAAAAAUGGAAAAUCCACAAUUGCCGCGUGAGCUGCGGCUAACGAAUUCGGCAAACAGCGGUUGUCAACAACAGUUUUAGUGAGUUUAUGUCGCGAGCGCCAAGCGUGCAAAAGCCCACCCGAUUUGCGACGACAAGUGUAAAGUGUAUUAAACUGUUUCUAAAUUUUAUUAAUUAUUAAAAACUGCUUUCAAAGGCGCUUCGAAAAAUAAAAAACAACAAGCAAAACGCAGUUCCUCUAACAGUUGUAACGCACAGUAUUGCAAGCGCUUAAACGAUUUUCAUAUUUUAAUAUAUAUUUUCGCAUACAUAUAAACAACAAAAACAAGUAAAAAUAGCAAAAAACCAGUUGUAACGCCGAAAAAUCGCAAGCUUAUACGUCGACUACAGUGUUUUCUCACGUUGCAGCUGCGCGCAUACUAACCGGGUGAGCUUAUUGUUGCAAACAGGUCGUGCAGCAGGUUUACGCCACCGCUACAUACAUACAUACAUACAAAAGCGAAAUUUGUGCAAGAAAAACAAAGCAAUAAACAAACGUGACAUAAAAAACCAGUUGCCAUUUCGUACGCCCCAGUUAAAAAGCGUGCUGCAAGUGCGCGCGCAACAACGACAACGCAUAGUGCAACAACUCACAAUAUAACAGGGCCAAUCAACCACCAACAAGCGCAGCACCAGCAGCAUCAGCUUUACACCUACGUUGCGAGCUACCCCAGCAACAUGUCGCUACAAACAAAACGCCAGCAUUGCUACCUAUGCGAUCUGCCACGCAUGCCCUGGGCCAUGAUCAAUGACUUCUCCGAGGCGGUAUGUCGCGGCUGUGUCAACUAUGAGGGCGCCGAUCGCAUCGAACUGGUGCUAGAUGCCGCGCGUCAAAUGAAGCGUCUGCAUCAGGCAGCCAAACGUAGUCAUGAGAAUGGCGAAGUCGUCGCACAGCAGCAACAGCAAGCACAACAGCAGCAGCAGGCCGCUGUAGCGGCUGCACAAGCGCAGCACCGCAGCGCUGGCGGUGCGCCUAUCAAUGUGGGCGUCGGCGUUGGCGUUGUGGGGCCACAGCAACAGCAGCAACAUCAUCACGGCUAUGCGACACAGCGCAUUGGACCGCCACCACCACAGGCCGCCGGUCUGAUGGAUUUCCCAGUGAAAAUGGAGGCACACGACGCAAGCGUGCGACCAGUGCGCAUCUCACAUAUGGCACCGCAUCACAUGUCAAUGACAAAUCGCGCUGUGGCUGCAGCCGCCGCCGCUGCAGUGGCAUCAAAUGUUGGUGUGGUGGGCCCAGUACCGCCAGCGUUAUCGGUGAAUUUAAAACGACCACCAUCCGAGGAUGAUGAUCAUUCACAUGUCGGUGAUGGCGGUGGUGGCGGCGGCGGUGUCGCCGGUAACGGCCCAAAUCCGAUGAAGCGUAGCGCUAUUGAAGAUCCCAAUGUACCACGUCCACCGCUGACACGCGGCGAUUCAUUGCCGGCCGCUGUUUCUUUUGUACCCGAUAGACAAGCCGGCUUACGUGACAAACAUCAACCAGUGCGCGCGCCAUCUUUUGACGCGUCCUCCUUCAAGCCAGGUGUUUAUGUGCCGCCCAUGCCACAUCCGGUUGUGCCGUUAGGCAAUUCGACGUCACCAGCUUUGUCAUCACAACAACAACAACAUCCACAACAAAUAUCACUACAACAACAGCAACAACAACAACAACUACCACCUCAAUCUAUAGCACCACACCAGUCAAUAGCACCACCACCUCUGCCACAAUUACCAACAACCGCCUGUUCAGUCACUCAAUUAGCACAAAGUCCGAUGGCUAAUCUCAUGUCUAUUACAGAGACAUUACCACCGGGUAGUCCAAGGAAUGGACCGAGCCCACCGGGACCGCCGCCGCCGCGCACAGCAUCACGCGGCAGCCAACAUUCACCGAAUAGUUCGGCCGGCUCAUCGUCCGGGCGUCGUUCGUCGGGUUCGCGUCACGUCUCGAGCACCACAGUCACCAGCUCGGAGGUACAAUCCAGUCCAGCGAACACACCACAAGUUGGACCGGGCAGCGGCAACAAUGUGGGUGGUGGCAACGCCAACAAUAACGGCGCAGUCAACGUGAGUAGCGGCAGUGGCGGUAAUGCUGGUGGCAAUAACGGACCACUACCGCCGGGCGCAAGUGGCGCCGACGCAAAUGUCGGUGGCAACAGCAAUGGCGGCGGUCCAGGCGGCAAUAACAGCAAUGGUCCAGCCAGUGGCGGCAUGAAUGCAGCCAAUGCCGCAGCAACUGGUGGCGCGUCCGCGUCAAAUGCGGCUGCUGCCGCGCAGAAUGCCACACUCAAGUGCACAUUGUGUCAGGAGCGGCUAGAGGAUACACACUUCGUGCAGUGCCCGUCUGUUAAUCAUCAUAAGUUCUGCUUCCCCUGCAGUCGAGAGAGCAUCAAGCGACAAAAUGGUCUGGGCAAUGAAGUUUACUGUCCCAGCGGUGAUCGCUGUCCAUUGGCUAAUUCGACGAUUCCGUGGGCUUUUAUGCAAGGCGAAAUCACCACUAUACUGGGUGAGGAGGUUAAGGUGAAGAAGGAGCGUGAAUCUUAAUGUCCAUUUUAUUGUAAAAAGCUACGACGGGCUUUGGAGAAUUUUUAAACAAAAACACACUUAACUGGGCGGCAGAGCAUAGUAAUGUUUUUUUGCGUCAAAACUAAUGUAUUGAAAUUGUAUGAGCAGUUGAAAACUCACAAGUUGAAUGAAUAUUGAAACAAAAAGUACAGAAAUAAGCAUAGAAGUAGAAGUUUAAUAGUUGUGCAGCAGUUUGCGAUAUGUUUACAAAAUAAAUGACAGUCGAAAACACUUGGAAACCAGUUGGGGACAGCGUUAAUGGUGGUCAGUCAAAAAACAAAAAGCUUUUCAAAAGCCAAACGUUUGUAUUUAAAGUUAAGAAAUGUGCGGCUAAUAACCGUUUACGUGUGUGUGGUGAUUUAAAAGAAAAACUAGCGUGCGUGUGUGCGCGCGCAUAACUGUUUUGUGCAGCAAAUGUGCGCGCAUUGGCUUUGAAUUGGCAACUUGUAACUGGCUGCUAAGCAUUUUGUAUACAAACCACAUUUGUAUAGUGGCGAAAAGUUGUAUUGAGAACUGUUUACAACGAUAACACACGUUGUUAUCGAUGUUGUUUACACCGCGUACACACAGUUCAGACCACUUUGAGCACCUGGCUUUUGUGCUGGUCCUCCAUGCAGGAGUGCAGACUUUGAACUUUCUUGGUAGUUGCUGUGUUUAAACGCACACAGCAACAAUAACAAAUAGAUUUACUUAUAUAAAACAUAUAAAAUAACUAAAAAAAAAUUAAUUGCAUACUUUUGCGUAAAGCAAAUGUCAGUUUGGAGUACAAGAAAUUGGGCAAAAUAAAAAGCAUAUAGGAAGAGAGAAAGCCUGUUUAACAUUUUUGUGUGGCUAAACAGCCGAAACGGAGUGCAAAAACAAAAAAAAAAAACUUUUCAAGCAAAACAUGUAAAACAGACGAUUUAAUAAAAGCUUAUGCGUUGACUAGAGUGCAAAUUUGUUUUUUAAUAGAGCAUUAUUGAUUUUGAUUUAAGUGAAACAUAUUUUAAGUACAUAUGCACACAAAAACCUAUUUAUUUUCACUUCUUUGCGUAGCGUAAACUGCUCAUUUUUUCAACAACAACAAUGAUAUCAUAUUAUGUGAAAAGUACGUUUUGCCGUUUUCUUUACAAUGAAAGCUUUUAAAAUUAACAUUAAACAAAAAUUGGAAAAAAAAUCAAAAUAAAUUUAAAAAAAUUAAUUGGUUUAAUAUUAACUGUACAUAAUGCCUAAUUUGUAAGAUAUGAAAAAUAACUUUUCGUUGAAAUUUAUAUUUGUAGUAACUACAAAAACGAAUGCAACUAUGUUUUUGAUUUUUUCAUGUGUUUUAGCUGUAAAACUAUUUUUUAUAACGGAAACAUAUUAAUGGUUUAACUCUUUAAAAAUAUGAUAAUUUAAUAUUAAAUGUAAAUUAAUGCUAAGUUCAAUUAUAUAUUUAGUUUUAAAUUACAUAACAUUUAAUGCUAAACAAAAAUAUUUCUUUAAGUGUAUUUGCCAACUAUUAUGGCGCUUUAUUUUACGCAUUGUUGUAUUUAUUAUUUAUAGUGAUCUUACGCAGUUUGGCAAAAAAUACACAGAAUAAAAAUAAAAAAAAAUUAUAAAAAUGAAAAAAUAUGUAAAAAUUUACAGCAAAAAAGUCACCACAAAAAAAUAUUAACAUUUGACGCGCAGAGUAAAAAAUAUUAGCAUUAAUUGUCGUGCGUUUAUAACGCCAAAACAGUUUUGUCGUGCAUACACACCAUUACAUUGCGGUGUAUGCGCUAAAAUUGUGCAAAUUUGUAUUGCAACAGUCAGUGAUUUCUUUGCGUUUAAUUAAAUAGUCAAUGGAAGUUUAAAAUUUGCUGCAAACCAACAGUAAACUAAAAGUUAUCACAAUAAAUUCGUUAGCGAUUAACAAUUUUAACGCAAAUUCCAAUUCUAAAACGUAAACGUAAAUUAAUUUUUAACACUUGUUUAUAACAGUAAAUAAAUAAAAUAUAUAUACAUACAUACAUAUAUUAAUUUGUAAAUUUUCAACGCCAACCAAGUUGCGGCAUACAACAAUUAUCGUAGUUUUUAGCGGAAAACAAGUAAGCAGUAAAUAAUUAUUUAAAUGCAAAUUGCAAAACACUAAACAAUCCUAACUAAUAUUAUAUAAUACACAUUAGAUUUACAAAUGCGCAUUAAAAUAACAUUAAAAUACAUAAAUGUAUAACAUAAAAUCAACAACAACAGUGAAAUAAUUGCAAGCAAACAAUUUGUAAACUUACCAUGUAAGCAUAUAAAUAUUUCAACGUGAAUAAUAAAAUAUUGGAAAACAUUUCAAAUAAUUUAGUGGAUAUGUGAAAAACGAAA